UUAAUCAGCACGAUCAGUCGCUCGUAGAAGAUGAUCCUCAGCAGAGUGAAGCUCAUCUAAUAUGUGUGUUUAGGUGUUUUGCUGUUGUUUGAAAUAGUUUCGAGUGACAAAAUAUAUUUCUAUAUUCCUAAAAGUCCUAAAUGCGAACAAUUAGAAUAAUUAUAAAGUAUAAAGCCAAACACGUGUAGAAAACUAUACUUAUUCUACAACUCAUUGUACAACUCAUUGGUAAAAAACUGGCACUUCGCACUUGACAUUGCUUAUCUGACCCACCGACCACAACCAGCCCGAAAAGUGCAACAAAAAAAGCCCAACUUCAUAAUGAAGUACCAUCCAAAAUUCCGCCCUUUCAUCGUGUGUUUGCUGACAACUAUUAGCUUAGUUAAUGGUGCGAGGAAUCCACGAGUGGUCGUAAUUGGUGCCGGCGCAGCAGGUCUCGCAACUGCCAGCCGCCUCUAUCAAGCUGGAAUAACGAACGUCACAAUACUGGAAGCAUCACAGCGUGUUGGUGGCCGCAUCCGCACGACUCCAUUCGGUGCUGGAAUCGUAGAGCUCGGGGCCCAGUGGUGCCACGGAGAGAAGGGUAAUGUCGUGUACGAGCUGGCAUCCGCUUAUCCCGACCUGCUCAAAGCUUCCAUCAUCGCAGACGACGCUUCGCUGAUACAGUCGAAUAGUGUGCGAAUCGAUGACGAACUUGUCGAAAAAUUAUCAUCACUGGCCGAGCAGAUCAGCGAGUCGGAAGACCGCAUGUCGUACGCGGGCAGCCUAGGUGACUUCUUCACCGAAACAUACUGGCAGCGAUUGCAAACAGAUGCUGGCUUUAGCGAUGUGAGCCACGAAUUGGCGGAACAGUUCCUGGUGUACUACCACAACAGAGAGCGAGGGGACUCAGCAUACGAUUCCUGGUACGAUGUAGCUGCAAACGAAACAGACAGCUAUCAGGAAACGGAAGGCAAUCAGGCGCUCGCAUGGAACAGUAGGACAGGAUACUCCACCAUACUUGAUAUUGUGUCGGGAAAUUACCCGGUAACAGCAAACAGCACAAAUCCAACAAAAGUACCAUUAAGUGAGCUCAUUGUUUUUGGAAAAUAUGUUUCUAAUAUACAGUGGGAUGGAGUGAAUACAAAUAACGUCCUCAUUACCACCGAAGAUGGCUCUCAGUACGAAGCCGACCAUAUUGUUGUGACCGUGUCGUUGGGUGUUCUAAAGGAAAACUCAGCCACAAUGUUCACACCGGCACUACCCACCGUCAAUCAGCAGGCCAUCGAGGGACUUAAUUUUGGAACGGUUAACAAAAUAUUUACCCUGUACAGUGCCCCUCUCCCAGAAGGAAUGGCCAACAGCGUAUUUCUUCUUUGGCACAAACCCGAUCUCGAUGCCUUAAGGCGUUCCAAGUACGCAUGGGCUGAAGCGGUGGCAGCCUUUUUCCGCGUAGAUCAUCAACCGAACGUGCUGGGUGCUUGGUUAAAUGGAAUCGAGGGACGACAAGCGGAACUACUGCCGGAAGAAGUCGUCCAGGAAGGUUUAGCACAUCUGCUGGAAAUUUUCUUACCAAAGCUUAACUUUAGCCAUGUGCAAAGCAUGAUCAGAUCAAAAUGGUCAUCCGAUCGACUCUUCCGCGGAUCUUACUCUAGUCGAUCAACAUUGACCGAAACGUUAGGCACUGGUGCGCAAAAUCUUGGCUCCUAUUUGACAAACAAGAAUGGAACCCCGGUGGUGAUGUUUGCCGGAGAAGCGACAAAUCGUUUACACUUUUCCACGGUUCACGGGGCAAUAGAGAGUGGUUAUCGUGAAGCAGAUCGUGUACUCGAUCUAUACAACGGAAGCCAUUGAAGAGCUCUCAUUUACAAGUAUGUGGUUUUAAUCAGAAUUGAUCAAUUACAUUUAGAUCACUUUCAACCGACAAGAUAAACUAUCGUUUCAAUGAAUAAAAUCAUGUACUUGUACUGCUUAAACGAAAACUGAACUAAAAUUUAUCACUUG